CCGCCGUCACCGCCGGCCCGGACGCUGCCGCUGCCGGGGGCGGAGGGCGCCGAGCCGUGCUGAGCCGAGCCGAGCCGAGCCGUGCUGAGCCGAGCCGAGCCGAGCCGAGCCGAGCCGUGCUGCGUGCCGGUAAUUUGGCGGCUCGCCUUCUAUCAGGUUGUUCUUAAGGCGGCGGCCUUUGGCCAGUGACCGAAGAAUGUGGCGGAGGCGGCAGUGGCAGGCGCCGCGGCCGAGGGAUCCCUGAGCCCGAGCAGCGCUUCCCGGCCCCUCGCUGCGGCGGCUCGGCAGCCUCUCCCGGCUCGGCCCGGUCCGGCCCGUUCGUGCGGCGGCGGCGUCGCCCCUCCGCAGCGUCGCCUCCCGCGGCACCGCCCGCCCCGCGCUGGAGCCCCGCGCGGGAGCUGAGGGGAGCCCGUGAGCGCGGGGCCGAGCGCCCGGCGGGGAGCGAGCGGCAGCCAGGAUGGCCUCGUCCUCGGGCAACGACGACGACCUCACCAUCCCCAGGGCUGCCAUCAACAAGAUGAUCAAGGAAACGCUCCCCAACGUCCGCGUGGCCAACGAUGCCCGGGAGCUGGUGGUGAACUGCUGCACGGAAUUCAUCCACCUCAUCUCCUCCGAGGCCAACGAGAUCUGCAACAAAUCGGAAAAGAAAACCAUCUCCCCGGAGCACGUCAUACAAGCACUAGAAAGUUUGGGCUUUGGCUCCUACAUCAGUGAAGUAAAAGAAGUCUUACAAGAAUGCAAAACAGUAGCACUAAAGAGAAGAAAGGCCAGUUCACGCUUGGAGAACCUCGGCAUUCCGGAAGAAGAGCUUCUAAGGCAGCAACAGGAAUUAUUUGCAAAAGCCAGACAACAGCAAGCAGAACUGGCACAGCAGGAGUGGCUACAGAUGCAGCAAGCAGCUCAACAGGCACAGCUUGCUGCUGCCUCAGCCAGUGCAUCCAAUCAGGCAGGAUCCUCUCAGGAUGAAGAUGAUGAAGAUGAUAUCUGAAAUUCACCAGCUGAGUUUGUCUAAGAAAUAUUUUUCCUGCACAAUGAAAACAGUGAAAUGAAUGCUUAGCUGUAAGUUUGUAUGCAUCAUGGACUGGCAAUUGGUAUUCUAGGGGUGUCUGCUGUUGUGUGCUGUACAUGUAUAAACUGUCUUUUUUGAACUCUUGAAGAUUUAAGGUUCAGUAUCAUAUCAACUUUGGAUUUUUAAUGGUGUAUAUGGAAAUUUUAGAUAGCAGUGCGUCAUUUAUUUGAUCAAUAAACAGUGUUAAAAUAAACAACAAGUUUAUAAAAUACAAUGAGAUUUAUACAAAAAGCUCUAAAUCCACAUUUGCAUUUCUUCCCUUUUAACUAAACUAUAAAAUCUUAUUUAGAAUUUUUAAUUGUUUUUUGGGAGAGUGAUACAGUAGACAUAAUCUGUUAAUGGGGAAAAAAGCAGAGUUCAGCAUAGCAGAGACUGAAUUCUUAGGUCUUUUUAAAAUGAGGAUGUAUAUGGCAAUAAAUAUUAUAUAUGCUCAAAUACCACACUUAAAUUUGAAAAUGAUACAUUUUCACCCAGGAGAAGGUAUGUGUAGUGGAGUUGUACAAAUUCAGUAAUGUUUUUGUAUAGGGGUGAAAAAAAACAACCCAAACCUAUGAUUUUAUUAUUGCAUCCUUUGACAGUCCUAACUGAAUAUUUCACAUCAAAGACUGCCUGAUUUGAAGACCUAACUCUUCUAUUAUUUCACUCCAGCUUAAUGUUAACUGUUGUUGAUGGUAUUUUGUAGUCCAAAUCUAUUCAUAUUGUUGAAAUAUAAAGCUGGAACUUGAUGAAACAGCAUUGUUUUAGUUCUACUGAUGUAACUGGGAAUGAUUAAGUAUUUGAGCCUAUGAGAAGGCAAAAGCUGAAGCUAAGAGCAUGCUUACCAUAAAGGAGGGGAUUCAUUUAACCUUGAUUAGUCAUUGUCAGCAUUAAUGCUAACAUUCUCCAGACUAGAUUGCCACUGGAUUACUAAGACUGAAAGAUAACAUUAUCUUAAUUCAGAUUGGUUUGUAGGUAAGUCCAGGUUUUUGGUAAACUGUUCCCCAAGAGUGAUCAUAAAUACAUGGAACAGAAAUGAUAUAGUAGACCUUUUGAUAGUUAAUUUGAAAAUUGUUGAUUUAAUGGAUGAGCAGCUGUUCUUUGUGUUGAAAUAAAGCACAGUAGUGUCCAUUGCUGAGUUUUAAUGUGUUACUUGAAGUAAUACUGGCAUAUCUUCUGGUACACUAAUCUGAGCAGACCUGAAAAGCCACUUACAUGCUGCUGUAAAUGAUCCCAUAGCUCUCCAACAAUGUGGAUUUUUUUAUUAACUUAGGUCCUCAGCAAGUUGCUCUAGUUCAAAUUCUUGGAGGGCUACAGCAGUCAGUUGACAUCAGGAUGCAAGCAGAAAAUGUUUUUUCCAUUUUUACAUUAAGAUUGGAAUGUAGGUACAAUUGAUAUAUAUUCAGAUCUCAGUCACAUAGUGACUUUUGAUUUAAAUUUGAGACACACUAAGUUACAGAUUGAACAAAUGUGAACACUUCCUUAAAUGGAUCAAUGCAAUGAAAACUCAGAAAAAUAUCUGUUUGAAUGUUUCAGUUAAAAAAAGGAAAAAACAAAACAAAACUGAUGUGGAUGCUAAUGAAAUAUUUUAGGCAGUUUGAGGAAGUGGUUUUCUGUAAAGGUUGAAGUACCAAAGGUAGAAAAAUCUAGUCUAGUGAUACAAUGUUAAUGUGCAGUGUUGGCUUUUCUAAUUUGUACUGUAACACCUUCACUCUUUCUAUUUUAAAUGAGUCUUUUUGUUUUAAAUAAUAUUAGGUAUAUUUUCACACCUUUAUUUUCUGAUGCAGAAUUCAGGUUAACAUUUUACUGCAUCUGGUAUGUAUGGUGUAGUAUGUUUGGAUCCUUGUGACCUUUCUUUUGGACAUUCUUGUGCUUUUUCAUAUGCUGUAUUCUUCAAGCAAUAAAAAUUUUGAUGUGUUUUUAUAAAAUUGCUUUUAUAUUUAA